AAUGGGGGGUUUACACGGGUGACUAAAGCCGCACGAUUUUUGCCGCGCGGCGUAAAUCGACCAUCUAAAUGGCAAUUCGGCUAAGUUGCAAUUGACUAAAGCCGCAAGCCCCAAAGUUGGGUAGCAUCCGACUUUGGCCGCGCGGCAACCGGCCGCAUGCGACUGGUGAUUAAAAUCGACCGUGUAAACGAUCAGUUGCAGGCGAUCGCCCGACGCAUGAAGGUGUUUCGCGCACGCACGUGUAUUUAUUUACUACAGCGUUUCUGUGUACAUGUAUCGUAACAACCAUGAAUAAAAAUAACACCAUACAGUUUUUGGAAUGCUAUGAAAUGCAUCCAUGCUUAUGGAACCCAAGAGAACAAGAUUACAGAAACAAUAAUGUACGUUUAGCGGCUCUUAAAUCUAUUAUUCAAGAAAUGCGUUUGUCCAUAACAGUUGAAGAGCUUAAAUUGAAGAUAAAAAAUAUACGAACCACGUAUAAUAGAGAGGCCAGUAAGGUAGCAAAGUCAAAGAAGUGUGGCGCGGGAAAGGAUGAUAUAUACAGACCUCAAUUAAUUUGGUUUUCUGUAGCUGACCGCUUUUUAAAGCCAGUGAUAGAAGGAAGAAACAGUAAAGAUAACAUGGGAAAAGAUUCAGCGGUGAACACAAACAGCGACGCGUCUUCAUAUUUUGAUGAAUUGGAACAAGAAGAUAAUAUUGCGCCCUUACAAAAGAAAAAAAAAUUGUCUCCAAAGAAAAAGGCGGAGCGUGCUCUAAUGGACGCACCUAAAAUGGACCCACCUGUUUUACAAGCAGUCAAUAGAUUAGAAACUUUGGCUCAAACUAUCCGUCAAGAUGAAUUUGAUACAUUCGGAGUACAUGUGGCAAGCCAAUUACGUAGUUUGCCAUUAAGAAAUGCUAUUGUUUGUCAAAAUUUCAUCAAUAAUUAUUUGUCACAAGAAAGACUGAAAACCUUAACACAACAUUUUCCAAUUGCUAGACCUACGAGUUCACUUUCAGAAUAUUCACGCUAUACUUCGACUCCAGAAGCCGAAGCUACUACUUCCAGAAACCAAGCUUUUCAAUACCAGCGUGAAACUUCGACUCCCGAAGCUUCCACUUCUAGAAGGCACCUCGAUUAUGAAGAAGACUAUUUUGCCAGCUGUUUACUUACACAAAAAAAUACUGGGCAACAAUACGGAGUGAACGACGAUAUUCUAUCUCAAGCUGUUAGGUCAUGCUUAGAUGAAAACACAAUGGAAAAUUUAUAAAUAAAUCGUUUAUAAUUAAUUACUAGUUUCACUUACCAUAA